GAGGGAAAAAUAACAAUCGAUAUUCCAAACGGCUUUUAACAUUGAUCCAUAAGGAAGCAGUGUAGAAGACAAAUUCAUUUGAGUUGUCUGAUAGGAGUUGCUGAGGAGGGAUCUUUGCGAAAAGGUAAAUUAAUUCUUAUUUCAUUGAAUAAUAGGCGUGAAAUAUUUGUUUAUAGAUCACACAAUUUACAACGAGAGUGUGGGAAAGAGUAUAUAGAUAAGGUAGAAUAUAGUUAUGAGUGGAAAAAGACCUUGGCAAGAACGUAAAGGUCGUUGGAGAGAUGAUUACCAAGGACGGGGUCAUUCAGGGUAUAACCAGUCACAAUAUGAAGAUGAAUACUACACAAAUUCAUAUUCUAAUUCAUACACAAACUCAUAUUCCAAUUCAUAUACAAAUUCAGAUUCUCGUCUGAAAUAUUCAAGUUCACGUUCGCAUGAGUCACCUCCCAUGACAACUAAUAGCACCACCACCGGUACCACCACCCCGGUAGUGACCAAGAAACGUGAUGGAACAAACCCAAGAACUGGGGAAAAUCCCAACGAUUUAAAGUUGGGUAAACUAAUUAUUCAUAGAGAUAUUCAAGCACAGAUUGGAUGGGAACAUCGACCAGUAGAUCCAAGGAAGAACUACAAGGUGAUAUAUGACCCAGAACUUGACAAGAGUUUAAGUAAGAGUGAACGGAAGUCCAAACAGAAAAAAUUCAGAUUCAAUGGAGAAGGUGCAAAUGAUUCCGUUGUAGAAGAUCCUAGAAAGAAUUUACCUGGUGGACUUGCAACUUAUUUCACUAAACCAAACAAACGAUCCAAGAAAUUCCCGUUCAAACAAUUGCCUCAGGCUAGAUUUGUAUAUGAUAAAGAUUCAUUGGGGCCACCUCCAGCUACUGAGAUCAUUAUCUGGGACUUACCAUCAACCACUAGCGAGAUUUAUAUAACCAAUUUUUUUAAAAGUUAUGGAGGACCAAUUCGAGAUUUGAAAUUUUAUAAUGAUCCAGUGAAUGCCGUUCCCUUGGGGAUUGCCACUUUUAAGUUUCAAGGACCCAUUGAAAAAUCUCUGAGACUUGCCAAAAAAUUGGUACAAACAGUAAAGCAGGCAAGAAUGCAAAUUGAUGGGGUUGAAUUAAGGAUAGCAUUGGAUGAAGAUGAUGGUAAGAUAUUGAAAGAAAAAUUAUCAAGAGCAACGAAAAAGAUGGAAGGUAUUCGAAGAGAAGCUGAAGCUGUCAAGGCUGCUGAAUUAGCCAAGGCUAGGGUUGCAGCUCGAAUGGAAGCUGAACGAUUGGCCAAAAUUGAACAAGAGAAACGUAAACGAGAACAAGCUGAAGCACAAGCUCGAGAACAAGCUCGUAUACAACAACAAAAGCAACAACAACAGCAACAACAAAAGGAAAUCAAUAGUUCCAAGAGAUCACUGCUAGGUUCCAAAUAUCUACCAAAUACCACCAUUACUUCUAUCAGACAUAAUAAUGAAGUAAUUCCAGGAGUAUUUCUUCCAAGGGAUUUAAAUAAAUAUAUCAAGGACCGACCAUUUAUUCUCAUUCAUGAUAAAUAUGCACCAACGAGAAAGAUCAUGUCUCAAGAUAUCAAAAAGACUUUGAAUAAGUAUGACUGGACGCGAGUUCUCUCUGACAAAACUGGGUUUUAUGUUGUUUUCAACUCAAUAGAUGAGUGUGAAAGAUGUUUCCAGAAUGAAGAUGGAAGACGUUUCUAUGAGUACAGGUUAUUCAUGGAAAUGGCUAUUCCAGAAGGAUAUGUUGUCUAUGGUGAGAAUGAAACAACAAGCCAUGGGAAUAAUAUUGUUGCAGAAAAUGAUCCAAUUGAAGAAGCAAGUAAUAUGUUAAUUAAAGAAUUUCAAAUGUUUUUAACCAAAGAUAUUCGUGAGAGAAUCAUUGCACCAGCUGUUUUUGAUUUAUUGAGUCAUGAUAAAUAUCCUCAUCUUAUGGAGGAAUUAAAGGCUGAAGAGGCUGCAUCCAAGGCCAGAGAUGCCGAUAAGAGAGCUGAAGAGGCUGCCAAGAGAGCUGAAGAGCUUGCUAAAAGAGCGGCUCAAAUGCCAAAGCCAGUUAAAAUAGAAAGAAAACAACCAAUACUUCCAAGUUUUAGAAAGAAGGAAGGAAUUUCCGACAAUAAACGGAAAAGUUUAUCCAAAAAGAAGGCACAGCAUAUCCCAAUGCAACACGCUCUUAACUAUGAUGAUGAUUCUGAAGAUUCAGAAGAUGAAGAUUCGUCUAGAUCUUCCACACCAGUUCCACCAACAAAGAGAGAAAGAAUUGAUGAAGUUGGUAAGGUGAAGAAGCCAUUGAAAAAGAAAGCCAAGACUUCAUUACAUAAGUCAUUCUUGUAUGAUAGUGAAAGCUCUUCUGAUGAGACUACUGAAGUUCCAAAGGUGAAAGAAGAGCAGGAUCUUGAAGAGAGUAAAUCCCAACAAGAUGAGGCAAUUGAAGAAGAAAUGGAGGAUGUGGAAGGCGAAGUUGAGGAAGAAGAAAAAGAAGACAUGGAUGAUAUUGAUUACUCUGGCUUUGCUGAAAGAUAUCAACCAACUCUUGACCGUCCAAGAACCGUUUACAGUGAAGAUUCAUAUAUUGGACGAAACUUGGACUUGAAGGCUUUGCAAAGUAUAAUUAAAGAUGAUGAAGAUUUAGAGAUUGCUAGGAAAGUUCUUGCUCAAACCACUGAACCUGCAAACCUCAAAAAUUUGGAGUAUUGGGCAUGGAAGCAAACAAAUGAUUUAUCUUCAAAGAUUCAAGUACCAGAAAUUUCUGAUUCCAUAGACUUGGCAGGACCAUUGGAUGCCAGAUUACAAAACAAGACUGGGGCUUUCAAGAGUGAAGGGUACCACAAGAUACCUGAUGUCGAUAAGAAUGAAUAUCUUCCGCAUCGUAGAAGGGUUCAUAAGCCACUCAAGACUAUCCAACAUGAAGAUGAGGAUAUGGGAGUCGAUGACUCGGAGGGUAACAACUCUAAUAAUUAUAACACCGCUGGAGGAAAUAAUUCCAACUCCAAUGGAGGAGGAAAUUCUAAUAAUACUUCUAAUAACAAUAACAACAAUAACUCCAGUGGUAAUAAUACCAGUAACUCUGCUCUUUUACAAAGUUCGCGUGUUAACAGAGCUAAUAAUAGACGGUUUGUGGCGGAUAUAAGUGCUCAGAAGCAAAUGCUUGGUAGUGAAACUGAUAUUUUGAACUUGAAUGCCUUGACCAAGAGAAAGAAACCCGUUUCAUUUGCCAGAUCUGCGAUCCAUAAUUGGGGGUUGUAUGCCUUGGAACCUAUUGCAGCCAAGGAAAUGAUCAUUGAAUAUGUCGGUGAGUCAAUUCGUCAACAAGUUGCGGAACAUCGGGAAAAGAGUUACUUAAAGACUGGUAUUGGUUCUUCGUAUCUCUUUAGAGUUGAUGAGAAUACUGUGAUUGAUGCUACCAAGAAGGGUGGUAUUGCUCGUUUCAUUAAUCAUUGUUGUAACCCCAGUUGCACUGCCAAAAUCAUUAAAGUUGAAGGUAAGAAGCGUAUUGUCAUUUAUGCGUUGAGAGAUGUCAAUGCCAAUGAAGAAUUGACAUAUGACUAUAAGUUUGAAAGAGAAACCAAUGAUGAAGAGAGAAUUAGAUGUUUAUGUGGUGCUCCGGGUUGUAAAGGAUGGUUGAACUAAGUGUAUAUAGUAUUCAGUUAUAGACAGACGUUUGGAGGAGACCUACACUGGGUCUAUAUAAACCAG